AUGACCGAUAGCAUACCAUACUUCUUGGACGAAGAGGCGCACUUUUCUGGAUCUAAAAGACCAAGCAUCGACUCAUACGGAGGCGCCAUGAAUGCGAUUUCCAAGAUUGGGGAUGUACGAACUGUCCAACACUUGUUCGACAGGUUCCUUGCAGAUCACGGCAACCCGAAGUCUCAACGGUCGGUGACCCCCCUUCUUGCCGUUCACGCGAGGCUAGGUGAUGUGCGCGAGACGCGGCUACAAUUCGAUCGAAUUCCUACAGAAUUUGGUCUCCCGCUGAACACAGUUUGCUGGAACAUACUGCUUCUGGCGCACGCUACUGCCAAGGAUUUAUCGGGUGCUAUUUCUGCUUUCUCGGAAAUGCGAGAAAAUCAUGUACCUCCCAACUCGUACACAUUUGGCACACUGAUGGGGAUUUUCGCCCAGCGAGGUGACAUCGAAGCUAUCCGUCGAUUGCUCAAAGAGGCACAGAAGAGUCGAGUGUCAAUCACGAGGCCGAUGCUUGACACGGCUGUUCAGGCGUACUGCAAGAAUGGCCAAUUGGGUCAUGCAGAAGAACUUGUCGCAAGCAGCUGGAAUUUAGCGGUGGGAGGGUCUCCCUUGCGAAUGUGGAAUUUUCUUCUAAUGCGCUAUGCAUUCAGGGUAUCAAAAUUUUCCUUCCGGCGCGUCCUUGACCGCAUGGGACAACUAGGCUUGAAACCGGACGACAUGACUUACGCGGCCAUUAUGCUUGCUUAUGUCUAUGCUAGGCAGGUGGAUCGUGCGCAGACUACUCUCAGGCAGAUGCACGAAGCUGGUUUUGAACCUACCGAGUACCAUUAUUCUAUUCUCUUGCUUGGAUAUGUGAAGCAACGGAACCGGGAUAUGGUUCACGUCAUCUCUCGCGAAAUGCAAGCACGCUUCGGUCAACUUGGGAUGGAGGCGAGCUUGUUGAACCUGAGAAUGCAGAUCACGAGAGACUUGGGAAACGCAAAAUUUCUUCAAACUCCCGUUGAAGACAUCGUCUUGGAGAACGCAGAAAAGACACUUUCUGAAUCAAUCGCACAAUUCAAUGCCCAUCCGUCACCAGCCGACAGUCGAUUAUCUGGCUCGCUAGAGGGCUUUGCUCUUGAGUCUUUCACUGCCACGCACUAUCAACGACUGGUCGACGCAUAUGGCACCGAAGCUGGCGCCGAAAGGGCGCUCCAAGCCUUCAAUCGUUACAUGCAAUCCAGACGAACUGCAGGAUCAUCGGACGGCGAUGGAUUAGAAUCAUUGCCGAUUGGAUUCGUCACAGCUACUAUGAAAGCCUAUUCAAAAGCCCAGAACCAUCAGAAGGUGGAAGAGUGCUGGGUCAGUAUUAUGGCAAAUGUGAGCAAGACAGCUGGUACCUGUGACCUUGACAAAAUCUUGUCUGCUCGGUCGCCGAUGUCUACCCUGUCAGGGCCAGUCGAGUCCCGCCUCCCAUCGAUUCUUUCAAUGUCCACCAUUCAAGCAGAAAAGUCGAAAAUUAUUCCUGCUCAACGCUUCAUUCUGGACCAACCACUUUCGCUUCAGCUGGCAUCGUUGGGUCAGCGAGGCAUGUUUGAGAGAGUACAUCAAGUUGUGGCGGAAGUUCAGGCAGCAGGCUUUGCAUUGUCUGGUUUCAACUGGUCAAACUACGUUAGAGUGCUUGCGAAAUCUGAUAAUUUUCCCGACAAUGUGGAGGCAUUUCGACUGUUCGAAGAGAAGUUCAUUGCUCAUUUCCCUGGUUGGUCGUGGUUUCUCAAGGGAUAUGGCGUGAGACCGAUCAAUGCCCCCGUGACAAUCCUCCAUCUCGAAGGCCGCUCGGGUAUCACCAAAUCUCGCAGGAUGAUGGGAAAAGCGGCCCGACGGCAUUGGCGCCAAAUUGAACCAGAUUACAUGCACCCGAAUUACGCCACCAUGGUUCAACUAGCCGCCGCACUGCAGCGGCUCCGGCAAACAAGUAUUGUGGAGGGGAAAGAACGUCUGGCGACUAUCUAUGAAAUUGCGCCACAGACCGUUGAUGCCCUUGCUGCGAUGCCAUACGUGGCUGAUAAACUUCAGGGUACAAUUCUUCGCGGCAACGAGGCCAAGAGUGAUACUCCCCCACGCCCGCCCCGUGUAUUCUCCAUGCGUUCUGGUGUUCUUGGCUCCAGCAGCGACAUGCAUGAACGCCGCUUUAGUGACGCAACUAAGGAACCUCUUCUAUUGAGCAGUGACCAAUUUUCCGAGACCUCCGCCCCCGACUUAAAGCUUAUCCGCUCAAUUACCAGUGAGACCUAUGGAAUCCUCGGCCCUUUGGCGAGCAUCCUUCCUCGCGAGGACCAGGUUGACCUGGAAAGCACAAUUCUCGAGCAUCACAGAAUUUACCAACAAUGGAAGGUUCGAAAUGAGGAUUACAAGGAGCAUAUUGCUAAGGCGCAAAGAAAUAAUAAUCUUCCGCGGUUCCACGCUUACAAGCGACGUUUGGAGAAGUUGCAACAUGUCAACAUCCAAAGGCCGACUCCUGAGCGGCAACUUUUCGACAAGGCUAAUCGCAAGUGGAAGCUGGAUACUCCAGCCCACCUUCGCUACAACCCCACUUCUGGGCUCCACGUGAGACCCGGGCGCACACCAUCACAACGAUCGUCCGAACGGGGAAAAUUCGUCAAAUCCUGGACGCCCAGGGACAAGCCGGGCGAUGACCGUUGA